AUGACAGGCAUGCCAGCGACGAAGGUGCUGAAACAGAGGCAGGUGGACAGUAAGAAGGUGCCUCAGGUGUCGGUGCGGAGGUUCUCCUCUUUCAGCCUGUUCUCCAGGAGCAGGGUCACGACUGCUGACCCCGACGACCCCUCCCAGGGACAAUGGGUCGAGUACCGCAGUGCCUUCUUCCCCCAGUACAGUGCCUUCCUCAGAGACAACCUCGGACCCAUCAGAGUAACUGAGGUGCUCAACAGCUUUGAUAACACCGGAAAUGUCUGUGUUUGGCCAUCUGAAGAAGUGAUGGCCCAUUAUUGUCUGAAGAAGAGACACAUGUUCAGGGGCCUCUCGGUGUGUGAGCUGGGAGGAGGAAUGACGUGUCUCGCUGGACUUAUGAUUGCCGUCUGUGCUGAUGCCAGAGAAGUCAUACUAUCAGAUGGGAACGAGAAGGCCAUUCAGAACGUGCGCAGCGUGAUCGACAGGAAUCGACAGGCCAGCCUCUUCACCUGCCCCGACGUCUCCAGCCGGGUGGUGAGAUGGGACAGUGAGAGUGACGUGUCUGCGUUGGAGAGCUGCUUCGACGUGGUGAUGUGUGCCGACUGCCUGUUUCUGGACCAGUACAGAGCCAGCUUAGUCGAUGCGUUGAGAAGAUUACUACGACCUAAUGGGACUGCUCUGGUGUUCGCUCCCCCAAGAGGAGAGACCCUGGCCCAGUUCCAGGAGCUGGCGGAGAGGGCAGGCUUCCACGUGUGCCACUACCUGAACUACGACCAGGAGGUCUGGGACGUACACGACAGGAUGCUGAGAGAGGGGAAGGACUCGUACGAUGAGAACAUCCACUAUCCACACCUCCUGACUCUGACCCAGGGCUGCGGACCGCUCUCCAACGCUCUGCUCUAAGCUCUCCAACGUCACGUGCCACCAUCAUCACGCUGCAUCGCAUCUUAUCGCACCGCAUCACAAACAGGCCAAGCCAGUCAUUGCAUCACAAACAAGCCAACACUGC